AUGAUUGUCAGAAACUUUGCAUUUGUUUACCCCCACCCUCUCCCCUUCUCACCUCCAUCCCUCCCCAACUCCCCACCUUCCCAAAGACACCACACCCGCUACCACGGAGGCUACCACAACAACCACAAAGUCAUCAACUGGUUGUGGGACGUGGUGGAUAACGACUUGAAUCUGGAGGAGAAGGGUUUGUUUCUCAAGUUUGUGACCAGCUGCUCCAAGCCUCCUCUCAUGGGUUUUGCUCACAUGGAGCCGCCGUUCUCUAUAAGAUGUGUAGAAGUCAGUGAUGACCAGGACACUGGAGACACUGUGGGCUCAGUGCUGAAGGGAUUUUUCAACAUCAAGAAGAAAGAUUCUGUGUGGCUUCUCCCAACCUCCUCCACCUGUUUCAACCUCCUCAAGUUGCCCAAUUAUCCCAAAAAGUCCAUUCUCCGAGACAAACUGCGUUACGCGAUACACUCCAACUCCGGCUUUGAGAAUUCUUGAGGUGGUGGCAAUGUUGAACUUUGGUCAAACUUUUAAUGUGGGUUGAUUUAGCACUGAGGUGGGCAGUGUUGAACUUUGGUCAAACUUUUAGUGUGGGGGUGAUUUAGCACUGAGGUGGGCAGUGUUGAAGAUUUUUGGGGUAUUGAGUAUGCAAGUGAUGUUGCACUGACAUAGCAAUGUUGAAUAUUUUCAGAACAUUAAAUUGUGCAACAUUUCAGUGAGGUGGUGACAUUUAUUUGGUUGUGUUUUUUAAGUAAAGAGAAGCUCUCUCACACUGAACAAAAGUGGUCAUUUAGCGCUUCGUAAAGUCCAAGAUAUCUUUCUUUUACCCUGCUCUAGACAGCCAUUUAAUUUAGUCAUUAUUGUAUCGAAUUGCUUCUCCUUACUCAAAGAAACGCACAAAUUCGUCAACAUACUGUGCUUGGAUCUACAUGUUUUGGAGAUCAUGUGUAUACACCCUGUGCCUGCUUGUACCAUCUUAUUCAAACUUUAAGUUUUUGUUUUCUUAAGAGCAUGUUUUGUCCUUUGGCCCAACUUUUGCUCUUUCGCUGUCCUCAAGUACCGGUAUAGCGCGGUCCAUUAUACUGUAGCCUACACACACAAAGGCACGCAGGCAUGCAUGCACAAACACACGAUUCUCUCUCAAAAUAUUUUAAGUGGUGUUCAUUUAAUUAGGUUGAAGGGAAUUAAUUUUGUUUGCUUUUUUGUGUCAGAACCAUUGUCAGUAUUAACAGUUUAGCACUUGGAGCGGCAUUGCAUGGAUUUUCAAUUGUUGAACAUGCAGCACUGUUGUGGUAUGUAUUUCACGGCUGUUAAAAUCCCACUGAAAGUGGUACCUUAGUUGGUGACAGAGCCCCGAUCUGACUCCCGUGCGAAGGUAAUAAAUCAGAGUCACUCGGCCACUCCCGCGCUUAACCCAUUCAGUACCAUAACGGCCGUAGCCGGCCGCUUCCGUUUCAUAAACCUAGUACCAUUACGGCCGUAGCCGGCCGCGCGCUAGUAGCGUUGUUUCUACGGAAGUGUACACGCUUGGUAACCAUCGUAUUUAACCCGCAUUUUGACCAAUCAGAAAAUAGAUAAUCAUUCUCUCCUUGAAAGCAGCUGGGACAUAACUCUGGAAAUUUUAGUUGGACUAAAUUCAAUGUAAACAAACCAUUUCACAUGGGUCGCUCAAGCUAAGAUCGAGCAUUCUUCGCAAGUCGCCGGCAUCGCGUUCGGACUGAUUUAGGCGAACUUUUGGAUAAUUUUAAUGAAAAUAACAGUGCUGGGGGAGAAAACCCACAGAAUGGUAGCAAUUGAAGUGAAAGUGACAUUGAUGGUGAUCUAAUUGUGCCUUUGGGGGGUGAUUCGGACAAUGAGAAUGAGGUCAAUGAGGAGCAUAUGACUAGAUCUAGAUCUAGAUCUACAACUCGGCUGAUUUUAUCUUCAAUUAUGAAAUACAGUCAACACACACAGUAAACAAGUAAUUUAUAAAUUACAAUUUAUUCAUUUGUGAAGAACUUGUUUCAAGAUUUUUUUUGAUCAAUGGAUUGGUUAUUUUACAAUGAUUUUUUUUAAAUACCCACUACAUCACAAACACGGAUUUAUUCCCCUUUGCGUGGUCCUGAGCCAUCUUCCCACUGGAAAUCCAGUGGUACUGAGUGGGUUAACAACCGUGAUGAUAGCGAUGCCCGCCGCCGUGCCUGCGUAAAACGCUUGCCUUACUGUGCCGCUGUAGAAACUGGCUCGUUGGAAGCAGUAUUCUUUUCCUAACAGUUGCAUUUUUCCACCGAUCAUGUGUUAAAGAAAUUUUCUUUUGUUUUUGUUUUUUAAACGUAUAUUUUAGAGGAUUAUCUCCCCUCUCCAUGAUUUCACGGAAUGCAUCCAUGCAAAUCCUCAGGAUCUAAAUGGUUAAAUUCAAGUUUGGUUUUAUUUGGAAAAAAAAGCAUACAGUACCUACAGUGAAUUUUACUGUUUAUGAAAAGAUUGGUACGCCCUUGUGAAAAAAAAAAGAAAAAAACAACUUUGUAUUGUACAAGUAUGUGUACAUAGUAUAUUUAUAUAUGUGUAUGCUUACGCUCUUCGGGCCUUGUAGUAAAUGCUUUUGAGUUUAGAACAGUGUUGGCUGACUCAGUAGGUCAGGUCGGGAGCAGUUACAAAGGCAGACUGGUUGAUGAAGCCUUGGCAGAUUUGACCUCUGAUUUGUAGUGAAAGUAAAGUAUGAGGUUUGGUAUCCCCAAAUCAGUGCUUUCCAUAUUUCUAAAAAAAUCAAAAUAAAAUGGAUAAUGUCAGUAUUGAAUGUCAACCCAACAGCAAGCGAAUGUGCUUUGCCAAAUUUGAGAGCACCAUCUGGCAUUGUUUCAAUGAUUCCGGCAAGCGCAGGCCAUGACGUUUUUUCCUAUGACCAGUAUCAUCCUGAUGUUGAAAGCAGACAGGAUUGUAAAGGACCGUGACCUUGAACUUGACUUCACAUGCAACAGAUGGUUGGCUAGCUUCAAAAGAGAGACAUGACAUCACUCUACAUGCUGUGGGCAGUGCAUCUGUUACAAUAAAUAAGUUACAGUAAUUUAUUUUCCUGCCCUUGUUCAUUGUACUGUCACAGUAAAGUAUUGAUUUUCUUCUAUUCUCUCAUUUUUCAUUGUAUCGGUUUUAUCUGAACUUUGGAUGAUGAGUCCAACACAUGUGUUUGAAUCAUCUGUGGCCAACUGUACUUAUACUAAAUAUUAUGCAAAGUAGCUUUCUGCGCCUGAUUGAAAAAAAUGAUUUUGAUCCUGUCUCUGCUCUUGUUUCUCAAACAAGGAGUGAAGUGUUCUCUUCUGUUAAGUAUGAGUUGCAACUGGAGCAAUGUAUAAAACUUUCAAUGUUUUUGUUUUUGGUUUUUUUAAUUCUUUUAAAAACACUGUUUGAGGCAUUCCAAGUACUAACUGAAAAACUGUUGAUGAAAUAACUUUUUUUUUUUCCAACAUAUAUUGGGAGACCAUUGUGUCUACUAAAAAGAUAAAAAUAAAAAUUCAACACAGUUCUCAUUGGUAUGGAAAAAAGAUAAAAUUGAAAGUUAAAAGAACUUUUAGGGAUAACGCCAUUUCAGCUGGAGAGUUAAAAAAUAAAUGUGUCUACAGAUUCAUCACAAGAAAUUGAUCAUAGACGUUUUGGGGAAGUAACACUUCAAACACAGGCACAUACUGUUUACACAUGUAUACAUGAUAUACAGUUGCCGGCGUUAUAGUCACUCAGCUUGUGUGUGUGUGUGUGUGCAAUAGUGGUAUAGUUUAUAACUAUAAUAGCCACUCAAUGUAGUGUAAAAGUGUAUAUGUUAUAAUCACUGAAUAUGAGUGUGUAAUAGUGUGUGUUUGAUAGCCGCUCAGUCUGCAUGUGUAAUAGUGUGUGUUUGAUAGCAACUCAGUCUGUAUGUGUAAUAGUGUGUGUUUGAUAGCAACUCAGUCUGUAUGUGUAAUAGUGUGUGUUUGAUAGCAACUCAGUCUGUAUGUGUAAUAGUGUGUGUUUGAUAGCAACUCAGUCUGUAUGUGUAAUAGUGUGUGUUUGAUAGCAACUCAGUCUGUAUGUGUAAUAGUGUGUGUUUGAUAGCAACUCAGUCUGUAUGUGUAAUAGUGUGUGUUUGAUAGCAACUCAGUCUGUAUGUGUAAUAGUGAGUGUGAUAAUCUCGUGUUGUAGUGCGUGUCACUCAAUUGAUCAUGUACAUGUGGUAGUUAGUCACUGUGUGUGUGUGUAAUAAUCACUCUGUGCAUUUGUGUGUGUGUGUGUUUUGAAGAAAGACUUUUGCCUGAAAACGUUCAAUGGAAAUAAUGAAGCUUUAACUAAUAGAAGUAGAAGUGUUGCUAUUUUUGUGUGAAAUGUGACCAUGACAUUGAAAUAUAAAGCAUGUGAGGGAAGCAAAA